UUAUCUGUAGGAUCUGGCGUCGAGUUAUCUGUAGGAUCUGGCGUCGAGUUAUCUGUAGGAUCUGGCGUCGAGUUAUCUGUAGGAUUUGGCGUCGAGUUAUUUGUAGAAUCUGAUGUCGUCGCAGCAAAAACGAAAUUGCUGAAUGUUAAAAUGAUGAGAACAAGUAAUAAAGCACGAAUCUUCAGAUACUUCAUAAUGAAUUUGAAAUUUGAAUAA